UGUACAGUCAUUCAGGACAGAGUCCUUCAGCUUGAGUACCUCUCACUUUCACAUCUCUGUAGGCUUCAGUUGGUGUCAAAAACCCUCAUUUUGACACCUUCAGAUACAAAUCUGAAGUUUAAGCCUAACUGGAUGUGGUGAACUCUUGGAGCAUAGGACCCUGGGAACACUUGCUCUCCCCGUCCGCAAAGUUUAGCGAAUGGAAAACAUAUGUGGGCCCUUUUCUUUUACAACCAGAAGAGGGGGAAGUUGGGCAAAGUUCAGGAGGCGUAAACGAAUCCGAAAUUUUUGUACUUAUCACUGAAGGACCUCUCUUAACCUACAGCGCAGAGACAGCAGCCCGGAUCACAAUGAUUGCAUACAUCCUAUUUACCGUUUUGGCAAUACUGCUAGUCUAUCUUCGAAAUCCAUAUUUUAUGAGCGAUCUAAAUUACGCACUGACUGCGAUUCGCAUCGGCGUGCGACUGAGCAAAAUCAAGAAGAGCUUCUCCAGCAUCCUCGAUUCCUUCCUGGAGAAAGUGGCGAAGCAUCCGCAAAAGACGUUCCUGAUCUUCGAGGAGAGCUCAUACACCUACAGCCAGGCCGACAAGGAGAGCAACAAAAUCGCCAGAGCUCUGCAGACGCAUGGCCGGCUGAAGGAGGGCGACACGGCGGCGCUGUUCCUGGGCAACGAGCCGCACUUCGUGUGGGUCUGGCUGGCUCUGGCCAAGCUGGGCUGCGUGGCGGCGCUCCUCAACUACAACAUCAGGUCCAAGUCUCUGCUGCACUGCUUCUCCUGCUGCGACGCCAAGGUCCUCAUCGUCGGUGCCGACCUACGAGAUGCCGUAAAGGAGAUUUUGCCUGCUUUGAGGGAGCAGGGCACCCAUGUCUUUAUCCUCAGCGAUCACAGUGACGUAGAAGGAAUGGAAAGCCUCUCUGAUAAGUUUGAGAAGGCUUCGGACGAGCCCCUGCCGCCGCAGCUGAGGGCCAAUGUCGACCUCAAAAGUCCUGCGCUGUACAUCUACACGUCAGGGACCACGGGACUUCCCAAGGCAGCAAUAGUUAACCAGGAGAGGGUAUGGAUGGCGACUACUCUCCUGUCUUUUGCUGGUGUGCACUCCAGCGAUGUUCUCUACUUAUACCUACCUCUCUACCACACAGCUGGGUUUCUGAUGGGACUCUGUGGAGCCAUAGACAAAGGCCUCACUGUGGUUUUGAGACGGAAAUUCUCGGUUUCCAACUUCUGGAAUGACUGCAGGAAGCACAAUGUGACCGUCAUUCAGUACAUAGGAGAGAUCAUGCGUUACCUUUGCAACACACCAAAGAAAGAGAACGACAAGGAUCAUAAAGUGAGACUGGCUUUGGGGAAUGGGAUCAGGCCAGACACCUGGGCUGAUUUCCUGGAGCGAUUUGGAAACAUUCGCGUCUGUGAAUGCUACGGAGCAACCGAGUCAAACAUUGGCUUCGUCAACUACGUCGGAAAAAUUGGAGCCAUUGGCAGAGAGCAUUUUCUCUACAAAAUGUCAUGUCCAUAUGCCUUUAUAAGGUAUGACACAGAGAAAGAGGAGCCAGUGAGAGACUCCAGAGGAUUUUGCAUCGAAGUCCCUAAAGGAGAGACCGGUCUGCUGGUGGGAAAGAUUGGAAAUAGAAACCCCUUCUCUGGCUAUGCUAAGAACAAACAACAGACAGAGAAGAAGAAGCUGAAAGACGUCUUUGUGCAGGGAGACCUCUACUUUAACACCGGCGACCUUUUGAGGGUGGACAAGGAGGGGUUUGUCUACUUUCAGGACCGCAUUGGAGACACCUUCAGGUGGAAAGGAGAAAACGUGGCAACCACAGAGGUGGCCGAUCAUUUACUGACAGUGGAUUUUGUUGAAGAGGCUAAUGUUUAUGGCGUGAAGGUGCCAGGGCACGAAGGAAGAAUUGGAAUGGCGGUACUGAAGCUGAGAAAAAACAUGGAGUUUGAUGGUAAAACCAUACAUCAGCAUGUCAAAAACUACCUGCCCAGCUACGCGAGGCCACGUUUCAUACGCAUACAGGAUGUUAUGGCGUUGACUGGAACAUAUAAGCAGCUAAAGGUGAAGCUGGCUGAGGAGGGUUUCAACCCCGCUAUCAUCACGGACCCUUUGUUCUUCCUGGAUGACAGUAAAGGCUACGUACCUAUGACUCAGGAGAUAUUCACCGCCAUCACAGAGGGAACACUUAAGCUCUGAAUGAGAUAGAAAAGCUUGCUGAAUGACAGUUGUAUGUGCUUUAGGAAAUGCUGGAGGCAAAAUAAUGCAGAAUUACUUGUACUUUGGGCUUUUUUAUGAAGCCCAUUUGAUACUAAGGAAAUUAUUUCAUAGAUAAUAGUUUAUUAUAUAUAAUUCUUGCAUAAAUAAAAGCUUGUUUUUAAUAAA